CAUUUUCUGCUUUCGGCGAUGGCGGCUGCGGAUCCGAGAGACAACGAGCUGAACUGCCCGGCUUGUUGGGGCAUUUAUACCGACCCCGUGUCCCUGCCCUGCGGGCACAACUUCUGCCGGGGCUGCAUUGGGAGAACGUGGGACUGGCAGGAGGGGAUAGAGGAGGAUCCGUCGUGUCCCGUUUGCAGGCAGAGAUACAGGAGGCGCCCGGAGCUGAGCCGGAACAAGAGGCUGAGUAUCAGAGCCGAGCGACUACUCUCUACUGCCCCAGAGCAUGAUGGGACGGGGAUCUACUGCACUUACUGUGUCCAUUCCCCUGUCCCUGCCGCUAAAUCCUGUCUGCAGUGUGAGACCUCCCUGUGUGACGUGCAUCUCGCUGCUCACAACCAAUCAGUGACGCACGUCCUAACCGAGCCCACCGCUUCCUUCUGCGACAGAAAAUGCUCCGCCCACAAUGAGCCCCUAAAGUAUCACUGCUGUGAGGAUGGGGCCCCUGUCUGUGCCUCCUGCUGCCUGGCCGGGGGGCACCGGGGCCACAGGGUGGAGCUGCUGAGUGAGGCCUCUGAGAAGAAGAAAGAGAAACUGAGGAAAGUUCUGGAGAAACUGAGCCCAGAGAGAGAGGAGACUGAGAGAGGAGCCCAGAGGCUGCAGGAGCGCAGGAGAAAAUUAGAGGAAAAAGCCGCCAUUGAGACAGAGAGAGUCACUGCCCUGUUUAGGGGCAUCAGGGAAGAGCUGGAAGCCCUAGAGAAGCGACUCCUGAGUGACAUCUCCAGGCAGAAAGAGGAGCUCACACUCACACUCACUGAGCUGAUCCAACAGCUGGAAAUAAAGAAGGACGAGCUGUCCAGGGAGAUCCGGCACAUUGAGGAGCUGUGCAACAUGGCAGAUCCACUCACUGUCCUACAGGAACAAUGGGAAUCCCAUGGAGCUGCCUUUUGUGGGGCUGAGGGGGCAGUUACAGUUACUCCUUCCUUCCUGUUUGGGCCGGAGGCUACAGAGCUGGUUCUGGAUACAAACAGGGCUGCUAAUAAUGUGUCUGUAUCGGGGGAUGGGAAAACCGCCUCCUACUCACAUACAGACCAGUGUUACCCCCCAACACCAGAAAGGUUUCAAUACUAUCAAGUCUUAAGCAGACAAAGUUUUCAUUGUGGGCGACAUUACUGGGACGUGGUGGGCAGUAAAACUGGAGACUGGAGGGUGGGGGCGGCCUAUCCCAGUAUAGAGAGGGGCGGGGCAACCUUUCACAUUGGGGAUAAUAGGAAAUCCUGGUGUUUGUGCAAAGAGAAUAAUAAUUACCUAGUGAGGCAUGAUGGGAAAAAAACCACAUUAAGCCACGCCUCUUGCCGGAGUAUCAGGAUCUCAUUGGACUAUGAGGGCAGACGCCUGUCCUUCUAUGAGCUGACGAUGGCGGCUGCUGAUCUGAGAGACGAGCUGAGCUGCUCCAUCUGCCUGAGCAUUUAUACUGACCCUGUGUCCCUGCCCUGUGGCCACUACUUCUGCCGGGGCUGCAUUGGGGCAGCAUGGGACACCCAGGGGGGGUCUGGGGCUUAUUCCUGCCCUGAAUGCAGAGCCGAGUAUCGGGAGCGCCCAGCCCUGCAGAACAUCAGGAAGCUGAGUAACAUAGCGGAGCGAUUCCUUUCUACUCACUCAGAGCAUGAUGGGACGGGGAUCUACUGCACUUACUGUAUACACUAUCCAGUACCUGCUGCUCAAUCCUGUCUCCUGUGUGAGGCUUCUCUAUGUGAUGGCCACGUGAGGGUCCACAGCAAGUCAGCAGAACAUGUCUUAACUGAACCCACCACCAACCUGGGGAACAGAAAGUGCUCUGAACACAAUGAGCCCCUAAAGUAUCUCUGCUGUGAGGAUGGGGCCUGUAUCUGUGCCUCCUGCUGCCUGGCCGGGGGGCACCGGGGCCACAGGGUGGAGCUGCUGAGUGAGGCCUCUGAGAAGAAGAAAGAGAAAUUUCGAAACGUCUUCAAGAAAACACAGCAAGUUGGUUUGAGUUAUUGCUACAGAAAUACCAUGGCCUGCAGGACAACCUUCACCCACAAACCAGGCUCCGACGCUUACAAUGGUGCAUGA